AUGAAACCCAACACCAAGAAGAAAUCCAAGAAGAAGAAGCGGCCCUCGCCGGCGGCCGCCGACGGGGCGGCGCCGCCGACCCCUCCGGCGCCGGGGUCCUCCCCGCGCUCGCCGCUCGCCGAAACCCUAACCCUAGCCGCCGCGGCCUCGGAGACGGAGUCGAGCGGCAGCGGCAGCGGGAGCGGCGGGGACGCCUCCGCGUACACCCGCGCCUUCACCUCCAGCUCGUCGGGGCCCGCGUCCACCUCCUCGUUCUACGCCCCCUCCUCGACCGACUCCGCCGCGUCCUCCUCGGCCACGGGCGACGAGCGGCGCGACCUCGCCUGGCUGCUCGAGGCCUUCGGCAGCGCCACCAUCGACCAGGUCGACUCGGCCUACCGCGAGGCCGGCGGCGACCCCUUCCUCGCGGCCGGCAUCCUCGGCUCCACGCAGGACAUGCAGCCGCCGCCGCCGCCACCGCCAGAUCUCUCCCCGCGCGCCGGAUCUGCUGGGAGGAGGCCGGCUCGCAGGCCCAGGAAGCUUCCCGUUGCCGUGUCUGGCAUCGUUGCGGACGUGAUCGGCAAGGGCUACUCGCGGCCUGCCACUCCGCCUGUGAGCGCGACCGAUAGAAGUGGGUGGAAGGGGAAGGGGAAGGACAUGGAUGGAGAAAGCGUCAGCAAUGGCUGGAAUGAUGAGAGAAAUGGGGAGAGAGAAAGCGGGGGUGGCUAUCCCACGCUUAAUGUUGAGGAGGCCGAGCAGUUCCUGUGCUCCAUGCUUGGAGAUCAUUCUGAGCUCAGCAUGGGUGUGGUCAAAGACGUGCUGGGUCAGUCUGGAUAUGAUGUUGAGCAGGCUCUGGACGCAUUGCUUGAUAUCUCUGGUAUGGGAUGGUGCAUUCCUAAUGAAGAAACAAAUAGCUCAUCCUCUCCAAAUAUCUUCCCAGGAAAUGGAUUGUUUGAAGAAGAAUGUACUGCAAGUAUUCAACAGAGUCCACACCAGUUCCCAGAAGAAAUACCUGGUAUGUCAUACAAUCACUCUGAAAGGCAACAUGAAUUCUUCUGGGGGGAACAACAGAGCAGUAGCUACAUGAAGGCUGUUUGCGAGGUGCAGCACCCGGCAACACCGUCUCCAAGAUCAGCGGUGGUGGAUUCCAAGAUGCCACAACAAGUCUUGGAGUCGCUGUUCAAAAUACCUGAACGUCGCACAUACGAGCCAAGUAAAAUGGACUGGAAGAAGGUAGUGAAGAAGCUGCAGUCAUACAAUCAUCCCAUCACAGCAAGCAAUCAAGAAAGACCAAAAAAUGGGGAUGGGUAUCGAGAGUUCCGUGGUGUUUCUGCUAGGCAUUAUGAUACGAUGAAAGGGUAUUAUCAGAAAGCUGCUGUGGCAUAUUCCAAAGGAGAUAAAUCUUAUGCCUCUUACCUUGCAGAGGAGGGAAAACAUUAUCGGGAAUUGGGUCGCAAGGAAGAUGAGAAGGCCAGCAGGGAGAUAUUUGAAGCCAGAAACAAGCAUAUAACAAACACGGUGACUAUUGACUUGCAUGGUCAACAUGUCAAGCAAGCUAUGAAGCUCCUCAAAGUUCACAUGCUGGUUUGUGUAUGCAUGCCAUCUACCCUUCUUAGAGUAAUUACUGGUUGUGGUGUUGAAGGUACAGGGAAAGGGAAGAUAAAACGAUCGGUUAUCAAGCUUGUGGAGAAGGAAGGCAUCGAGUGGUACGAAGGGAACUCCGGAACCAUAGUUAUUCGACUAGGCGGGCCAAGAGAAUACCGCUUCCUGGAGCAUGACAGCGAUUCUGACUAA